UUCUCGGUAUUGACAGGUGUUACAGUAUUUCAUCCAAACCCUGCUGGGUAUGAGAACCAAACCUUCGCCAUGGAUUAUCCACACAUUCUUUUAUAAGGUUGUUUUUGCGCAACACAUAUUUGUGGAGCCCACGCACAUCUGACAGACCUUAUAAUGCGUUUGAAACGCAGGACGGGGGAGUAACAUUUACUUUGGCGUCUUUUUUUUAAAAAUAAUUCUCGAUUUGCCAAGAGCCAAAAAAAAUGACAACCAACGGACCUGUCAUCGUCUACGAGUGGCUGAAGACCCUCCAGCUCUCCCAGUAUGUCGAAUCUUUCGUGGAUAACGGAUACGACGAUCUGGAGGUUUGCAAACAGAUCGGAGACCCCGACCUCGAUGCCAUCGGCGUCUACGUCCCUCACCACCGGCAGAGGAUCCACGACGCGGUGCGCAGGCUGAAGGAGGAAGCCAAGGAGACGGCCAGCGGGCUGUACUUCACCCUCGAGCCCAUGUCGCCGGCGGCCGAGAUCUACACCGGCCACAUGUUGGAGUAUGAGUCCAAACUGCGGGGAUCCAAGUCCUGGACGGAGCCCAACAGUGACCGCGUCGGGCGCAACGGCGGGUACAUGGGCGCGCAGAGGAACCUGACUCUGGGCAACAGGAGGGAGCUGCUGGUUUACCCCAAGCUGAAGCUGAAGAUCAUGAUCAGGGAUAAGCUCAUCAGAGAUGGCAUCAACCUGGCCAGGCCGCCCUACUCUAAUAAGGAUGGUUCUCUGGGCAACAUAGAUGACCUUGCCCAAGAGUACUCUGAGUACUACAACACCUGCUUCAGCGACGUCAGUGACCGCAUGGAGGAGCUACGCAAACGACGAGUGUCCCAGGAGCUCGACCUGGAGAGACAGGAUCCAAGCAGCACCUCACUUCUGCUCCGAAAUGAGAUCCAGGAAUCUUUAGGCUUCAGCAGCGAGGUGUCGACUCCCGAAACGGACAGAAAAAUGCCUCUCCAGAAGUCCAGCUCUGAAGAUGGAUCUGGAGGCAAGUGGGACAGUAAGAAGAAGAAUAAAUCCUUUUGGCAGAACUUCCGCAAAUCUCAGCACAAACCUGUCGUCCGGCAGACAUCCAAAGGAGAGGACAUCGGCUACGUGGCCAGCGAGAUCACCAUGAGCGACGAGGAGCGGAUCCAGCUGAUGAUGAUGGUGAAGGAGAAGAUGAUCACCGUGGAAGAAGCUCUGGCUCGGCUGAAGGAGUAUGAGCGCAGCAGACAGUCCUGCAGUACUGACUCUGCAGAGUGGACUGAUGGAUCUGCACCCAAUCUAAACCAGUCCUCAAACUGCAACUCUCGUGAGCAGUCCGAUGACGAGCAAACAGAAGACUCUGUGAAGUUCAAGCGGCUCCACAAAUUGGUUAAUUCGACACGACGGGUCAGGAAAAAACUCAUCAAGGUGGAAGAGGGAAAGAAGCAUGCCUCUGAAGAGUUUCUGAAUCUGGAGGCACCUCCCACCUGUGAAGACAACACAGCCCUGUAUACAGGGGUCCUAAAGAAGCCCCUUCUGCCCCAGGAGGCUUCUCUACCCUCCCUCCUCCAUGAUCAGCUGUCUCUGGAUGGAGACACGGACAGCCUGACGACCUCCCCUUCCUCCAGCAGCCUGGACACCUGGUCCGGACACAAACUGGUCAAAACCUUCAACAAGUCUUCCAGCACCCACGGCCUGAUCCGGCCCCCGAGGAGGACCCCGGCCGGCUCUAAUGCCCUGGGCGGCUCCAUCUCUGGCAUUGCGGGCAGCGGCUCGUCCUUCUCAGAGCUCGAUGGCUGCGGAUUGGACGACGAAGGGAAGCUGUCUCGCUCUACGACAGACGGCGAGAUGAGGAAGGCCCUGAGCUCCAUCUCCCACGGGGUAAGUAACAACGAGGCCCUCUAUGCCUACUACGGCCUCACCAAACCCCGGCCCAAACCCCACUCCCAGUCCCGCCUUCUCAUCUCCCUGGACGACGGUCCGCACGGCAGUCCCAAACACCAGCCUCCCAACCGGCACCACGGCAGCUGGACCCACCGGAAACCCGACCCCAACUACGCGUACUCGACCAAGCACCUCCUGUACCAGCGCUCGCGCAAUUCCAAGACCCCCAUCUCUCCCCUGCCUGCCGCCCCCUCCUCCCCGGCCCGCUGUGAUGUAGCCAAAUCCAAAGUUUUCGGCGGCGGGGGAGGGAGCUGGGUGUUCCCCUCUCGCAGGUUGCGAGGUCGAACGGCAGUCAGUGAGCUGAACAUCACCUAUGUGGUAGAGCGGAGCCUGUACGGCCACCUCAACUGGGCCCAGCUGGUCCGCCCGGUUACCCUCAGCCGCGCUGAGCGCCGCUGUUUGUUGGAGGAGGACCGCGAGGCGGACAGGAAGUGGGCGGCCAGUGUGGACCGCUGCACCAAGCGUGUGCUCUUGCGCAUCCAGCAAAAGUCUAGAACCUGCAGCUUCGGCGGCUUUGACCUGUCCAACCGGUCUCUCCACGUGGUCAACGCGGGCUCCGAGGCCAACAAUAAAGAGCAAGAGGCGAUAUACAGAGAGGUGGUGAAGUCUCCCACUACGUCCCGGAUCUCGCUGGGGAAGAAAGUCAAGUCGGUGAAGGAGACGAUGAGGAAACGCAUGUCUAAGAAGUACAGCAGCUCCCUGUCUGAGCAGUCCAGUCCAGAUGGAGCCCCCGGAUCCCCGCAGUCCCCGCUGCCCGACACCGACUCUCUGGAGAAACCGAAGCUCAAGGCCGGAGGCUCGGUGGAAAGCCUGCGCAGCUCCCUCAGCGGACAGAGUUCAAUGAGUGGUCAGACGGUGAGCACCACCGACUCGUCGGCCAGCAACAGAGAGAGCGUGAAGUCGGAGGACGGCGACGACGAAGAGCUGCCUUACCGAGGGCCGUUCUGCGGCCGCGCCAGGGUCCACACAGACUUCACCCCCAGCCCCUACGACACGGACUCCCUCAAACUAAAGCGUGGAGACGUGAUCGACAUCAUCAGCAAGCCCCCCAUGGGAACAUGGAUGGGCCUGCUCAACAACAAGGUCGGCACCUUCAAGUUCAUCUAUGUGGACGUGCUGAGCGAAGAGGAGGAGAAGCCCAAGAGACCCGUGAGGAGGAGGAGGAAGGGCCGGCCGCCCAAACCCACGUCCGUGGAGGACCUGCUGGAACGCAUCAACCUCAAGGAGCACAUGCCCACUUUCUUGUUCAAUGGCUAUGAAGACCUGGACACGUUCAAACUGCUGGAAGAAGAAGAUCUGGAUGAGCUGAACAUCAGGGAUCCUCAGCACAGAGCCGUCCUGCUCACCGCCGUCGAGCUGCUUCAGGAGUACGACAGCAGCAGUGAUCCUGAGCGCGGCGGCCUGUCGGGCUCCCAGGAGAAGCUUCUGUCUGAGGGCCGAGGCCUGGUGGGAGACUCCCCGCGGGAUUCAGGGUGCUACGAGAGCAAUGAGAACCUGGAGAAUGGCCCUCUGUACCAUCAGUGCCAAAGCCCAGUUGUAGGUGAGAGGGAGCCAGGCCCCAGACCGCUAAGCCUAGUCCAGCCCUCCGUGCUGGGAGCACACAGGGAGAGACUUUCCCAAAUGCACAGAACUGUUCUGCUGAGAACAAACUCGCUGCCCGGUCAUGGCCUCAGGUUCCCUCCUGUGGGCUCCAGACCGAUAGAUGGAUGCCAGGAAGAUGAGCUCAGAGAGUAUUUCUGUAAGAACAGGAAACCUUCCCGUUCCAGUCGUUCCUCAGCGGGACUCCAGUCCCCGGACUACCCGACACUCCCCAUGACGGUCUCCACAGAAGCUUUGCAGCAGAACGGCAAAAACCAGCGGGCAAAGUUCCCAAAAAGCUUUUUCAUCAAGCCCUCCCUCAAAGGCUUCAACUUGCUGGGGCUGCGCAAAGCACAGAGACGGUCCCCCAUCCCUGCCAGCCGCAGCUGCGAGGAUCUCGAUGGCCCCCCUCAGGCGGCAGGACCCUGGAAACGUUCCCACUCUCUGGGAGAUCUGCACUGGGGGCUGAACUGUGAGCAGAAAAGUGAUCUGACUGUCGAGCAUAAACCCACCGUGGAAGUGCCCCAAAAAGACAGCAGUAGCCCCGUUAGGGUCUGCAGAGAUGGCGGCCCCCCAGCCCAAAAUGGGACUCCGCCAGUGAGUCCCAGAAGCAGGGCUGACAGACCGCCCGUCCCCUCCCAGCUGCCUCUUCUCCCACCGUGUCCAGCGAUCCAACCCGCCGGUCCUCCGGAGCCGCUCUCCAGUCCCACGCCAAGCCCGCCCGAUUCCAGCGCCAGUGGGGAGAGGGUCAUCCGGACUCACCCCAAAAAGCCUCCCAUCCCCCCUCCGGUCCCCGCCAAGAAGUCGAGGGAAAGACUUGCCAACGGCCUCCGUCACCCUCCUCACUCACUGCCCUCUUCGCCCUCGCCCACGCCCUCGCCCACCCACUCCUUCAACCGCUCUCAGCCCGGCAGCCCCAUCAUCCGCAGCAGCAGCCCCAGUCCGAGUCGCAGCGCCCCCGCCCUGCCGCCCAAGACCCCCAGCACCCCGGCCAGCCCGUGCGCCACCUCCUCAGCCUCAUCCAUCGGCGAGGAGUCGGGCACCCCGCCGGCCACCCAGCCUCCCUGGCUCUCAGAUCUCGGGGGAAAGAUGGCCGUCACUAGGAAGCUUUCCCAUACCAAGAUGAGUCCCGACCUGCUCACCCUCCUCGAGCAGCGGCUGCAGGCUGAGGGCAUCGAUCUGACCGAGGAGCCCUACUCUGACAAGCAUGGCCGAUAUGGCGUCCCCCAGCCGCUGGUGCAGCGCUACUCCGAAGACCUGGAGCAGCCGGUCAAAGACGUGGCCUCCACCAUGGACCAGCUCCGGGUCAAAGAGCUCCGGAAACAACACCGCAUGGCUAUCCCCUCUGGAGGAUUGACGGAGAUGUGCCGGAAGCCCCUGCCUCUCGGUAACGUCAGCACAGUGUCCGACUGGCUGGUCUCCAUCGGCCUGCCCAUGUACGCCGCCCCUCUGGCGGCGGCGGGCGUCGACACGCUGAGCCGCGUCGCCUCGUUAACGGAGAGCGGCGCCUGGGAAGCCGGGGUGACUGACGAGAGACACGUCCGCCGCCUGAUCAGCGAGGCGCGAUCUUUUGGCACGCACAGAGAGGCGCAGUCCUAAUUUGCGGCGGAACGGUCUGAAGUGAACGGACCCGCCGGUCAGUGCCAUCUCAUCUGAACACGGCCAGCGAGAGGCCGCCGGGGCGACCGACUGACCGCGGCGCUAUGAUACUUCCUGUCUCACACAUGUCAGAAAGACUCAACGCGAGCUCUGAUUUCCUCUCUUUAUCACUUCCUGUCUUUCUUGCAAAUGUUUACGGCAAUGAGGAGCUUCUCCCGACGGCCAAGACACGAUAUCGGAUGCCUUUUUUUUUUUUUUUUUUAAGACGACUGUAGACUCACUCUGUGGGAUGGCUUCUUUUCUGAAGACUCCCCCCUAAAGUCUUAAAAUAAAGACUUGGAUCUGCCUUUAAGGAAGAUAGCACACUCUUUUUGUAGGAUGGAUGGUUUUUUUUUUUUUUUUUUUUUUUUUUUUCAACACAGGAAGAUGGUUUGUUUCCUGCAUAUUUCAUAAGUGCUUCAUUUCAUCUCUUGGCUCAAGGCAACAUAAUCUGAGGGUCGUUCGAGGACGCCUCUCAGCCAAAGUGAUUUCCUUCUCAUUUAAUACAUCUUCUCCCACUAAUAGUUUCUUAACAACAACAAAAAAAAAAAACAUUUAAUAUCUCAAUUUUUAAUUAACCAAAUCCAUGAACCAAUCCAGGAAUAGCAGGUGGCUUGUUUUGUAUCAUGUUUCUGUAUUAUAGCAUAAUGCACAUCUUAAUUUUUAAAAAAAAAGAAUGAUUUCUAUGGUAAAAGUUUGUGUUUGCCUUUUUAUUGUCGCAGCUUGGCUUUGAGCCCGGCUCUGUUGUUUGUAAGCUAAAAACAUCACACCUUUAUAUCUCGUAUCUUACUGUAUGUUCGUCGUCGCUGCAUAUCUGAGAUGCACACCUCGCUCGAGUAUUAAGAGUCUUACAGGAAGCUUCGUUUCACUGUUGUGAUCGCAGUCGGCUUUCCCUCAAACCAACAUUCCCGGGCGUAUCGGAGAACAUUUUGAGUUGCCUUACCAUUAUAUAUCCAACACGUGGAACAUGUUUGUAGUUUUGACUACAACGCGACUGAAACUGAACUUUUGCCAAAGGUGCAAGCCUUUUUAUGUCGAAUGUGUGGGAGAGAUAAUUGAGUUAGUAGUUGUUUUUUUUUUUUUUAAAUAACCACAUUCAAACGGAACAUUUCAGAGAUAUACAUGGAUCACAGGACAUGUGAUGCAUCGAUUUACCUACAAAACCACAAAGAACAGCACAGAUUUUGAUCCCAUACUGAUGUUUAUACACAUUCCUUGAUGGUUGGACGGGGAGGGAGGCGUUCCGUCGGCACAACUGGCUUCCAGUGUGUGAAUUUAUUGGACUGUCGACACCGUGGUUACAAAGCAGAGGAGUUUGAAUUCAGACCUCUGAGCUUCACGUCAUCGCCAGAAAAGAAUGAGGUGCCACAUCAGAUGGGAAGCCGACCUCCACACUGCAGCACAAACUAGAAAUACGCUUCAGGGAAACACUCAGUGGGUGGAAGUUUCUUUGGGCAAGAAUAAAAAAAAAAAAAAAACAGAACUCAAAGUGACCGGAAACCCGUUGUUGUUUCAUUUGCACACACUGCAUGAAAUGAAGCAACUAUAGGUUGUUUUUUUUUUUCCUUACUUCUUUUUAACAGUUAAAUCUUUCUUCAUAACUAGAACUGAGUGGAAGAUUUGAGAGUUUGACCAGCCGUUAUUGCUAAAUUCAGUGGCUGUUAUUUGCAGUGGGCACUUGAUAGAUAUUUGAUGCCUUUUUUGUUUUUUUCCUCUUCAAUCACAGUGGUGCUCUGGGGAAGCCAGGAUGGGGGUCUCGUUUUUUUCAGAAAGGUGAAAGGACCCCCGAAGUGUUUUUGUAAAGAAUGAAAAUACUGACACUGUAAAUGCACUUUAGAUGGUAAACCUAGCUGUUUUAUAAGCAAAAUUGGCUCCGUUUUGUUCACAGGUCCAUAAUUUGGACAGCCGUUGUCAGGUAUUGCAAAAGGUUUUCAAUGGGUAUUGCUGGUAUUUCAUUUUAGUAUUUAGUUCCCGAUGCCAACUUCCGUAACCAUUCAUGAGUUAAUCUGUUACAGUAACUCACUUCCAAAUUGUUAUUUCGUUUUUUUGCAGUCUUAAAAAAGUAAUUAAUUACAUAUAUGAAAUGCUUCCCAGAAGUUGCACAUUCUGUAUAUGUAAUUGAUAUUUAAAUAACUUAUUUUUGUUUUUUUGUUUUUUUUUUCAUAUCACCUGUAAUUAGCUGUACUAUAUGAAUAGCAAUACCUUCCUGCAUAAUGCAUAUUGCUCUAGCCAGUAAGGAAUUACAGUUUGUAUUGUAAAAUACGUGUACAAAUUAUUUUAUUUGAUUUUCAUCUUCCUAAUGAUUGUCCAUACAGAUUUGCCUGUGUAUUGAAACAACAAAAGUAAUGUCCAUAACUAUUUGUCAUUCUGAAGUAUAAUAAAAUCUGUUUCUUCA